AUGGCGCCUGUAAUACGACCGCGCAGCUUCGGCACUGGCGUCGAGGGCAUCGACUGGACUGACUUGACCAUCAUCAUUGUCUUCCUCUCGCUGGCCCUCUACAACGUUCUCGAGCUCCUUUGCAUCAUUUGGGGUACCUUCAAGCGAUAUGCCGGGCUAUACUUUUGGUCCUUCCUGAUGGCGACGGUCGGAAUCGCCUUGUCCUGCAUUGGGUUUUGCAUCAAAUACUUUGGACCUGUGUCACUCGGUUACUUGUCUUGCACACUCAGUUUGAUGGGAUGGGUGUUCAUGGUGACGGGUCAAUCAUUGGUUCUUUGGUCUCGACUGCAUUUGGUGCUGAGAAACCAGAAACGCUUGAAAAUAAUCCUAUACAUCAUCAUCUUCAAUGGAAUCGUCUGCCACGGCAUGGUCAUCCCGCUGGUAUACGGAUCUUUCUCCUCCAACCCCGAAAUCUUCCAGACGCCGUACAAAAUUACCGAAAGGAUCGAAAUCAUCGUCUUCUUCUUGCAGGAGAUGAUGCUGUCUAGCUUCUACAUUUAUGAAACGAUCAAGCUGUUGCGGAUGGGAGGCAGCCUUGGAAAUAGGCAAUCGAGUCGUCGCUUACUAAAGAAUCUCAUCCUCGUCAACGUCCUUGUCAUGAUCCUCGAUGUUACGAUUGUAGUCCUCGAAUUUGCGAAUCUUUACGACUUCCAGAUAUCAUAUAAACCGUUCGCCUAUAGCAUCAAGCUGAAGCUCGAAUUUACCGUUCUUAACCGCCUUGUUGAGCUGACAAGUGGAGGAAGGCCGAUGAACUCAAAUGGUCAAAGCGCAUCAUCCAGUGGUCGCAGCAAUAGCACUGGUUCAGCCAUCUUGGAGUCCAUUGGCGGUGGCUCAUAUCACGCGUAUGCUAAAGGCGGAUGCACCGACAACUUGCACAAGCCAACGCCGUCAGAAGUCGAGAAUGGCAACAGGGUCAUGAUGACGACGGCCAUCACUGUUCACCGGGAGAAGAUAUCUCACGACAUUGAUAGCCGAUAUAAGAAGUCUUCGGAGGACUCGGAGGACUCGGCAAGUGGCACAUCUAAGGAGUCGACUAAGGAUAGUGAGGAGAAGUCAUCCUCUCAGAUCGAUCUAGCGACGAACAGCGGGUUAUAG